GUUCUAGAGCUCUCUCCCUUGGCUGCUCUUUCUCGCGGAUACCGUGAUGAACUGGACAGUCUAAGAGAGCGUUCUCGACGCUCUGAAACUCAAGUGAAUUCUCUAACUGAGAAAUUGCGCAAUAUGGAGUUCUAUCAGAGAGCACUACAGGUAUGUUACUUCCUAUACCAUUGCUGACAGCAUGGUGCUUGAGUAAAAGAGAUAUUUCCAAAGUUAUAAUUGAUAUUUGUUUUAAUAAUUCUGUACAGGAGGAGAAAGAGUUCUCCAGGGCCCUCCUUGAAGAUAAGGAGGUCUUGGAGCAGCAAUUGUCAGCAGAAAGAGGACGUUUUGAGAAACUACGGCUUUGUGAGAAGGAAAAGAUGACAAUGGAAGAGAGCCUACAAAGACUGAAGAUG